CUGAAUUAUUUGCACAAAGAAGAAAGGAGGAGAGCUGUAAUCACAUGGGCUGCUGCUGUUUGGUUGAUGGGUCCUCCGCCCUUCUCUCUAUCCCCACCUCUAUCACUCUCUCUGUCCUUGUUUCUUCUUCCUUUUUCUUUUCCUCCUACCGACAAUGAUGAGCACUGAGCCGUAAAUUCGGAAUUUUUCACGAGUUUAAAGUUCCUGCCAAAUCCUUCUAUCUUUUCUUUCUGGUGGUCGUUUUGUUUUGCGGGAAAUUUGGGUGUCAUGGCCGACGCUAGGGAGAUGCCGGCUCCCGUAAUGGAUAGAAAUGAUGCUCUUGCUGGUCAUAUAAUUUCGACAACAAUUGGGGGCAAGAAUGGAGAACCAAAGCAGACUGUUAGUUACAUGGCGGAGCGAGUUGUGGGGAGAGGUUCAUUUGGAAUCGUGUUUCAGGCAAAAUGCAUUGAAACCGGUGAGGCUGUUGCUAUAAAGAAGGUUAUGCAAGACAGAAGAUUCAAAAACCGGGAGUUGCAAUUAAUGCGGACAAUGAAUCAUCCUAAUGUUGUUUCCUUGAAGCAUUGUUUCUACUCAACCACAAGCCAGAAUGAGCUUUUCCUCAACUUAGUUAUGGAAUAUGUUCCAGAGAGUUUAUAUCGGGCACUGAAGCAUUAUAGCGACAUGAAUCAGAAAAUGCCGCUCAUCUUUGUGAAACUCUAUACCUACCAAAUAUUUAGAGGGUUAGCUUACAUGCACUCUGUUGCUGGUGUGUGUCACAGAGAUUUGAAGCCUCAAAAUGUUUUGGUCGAUCCUCAGACCCAUCAGGUUAAGAUAUGCGACUUUGGAAGUGCAAAAGUAUUAGUGAGAGGCGAAGCAAACAUAUCGUAUAUUUGCUCACGAUUCUAUAGAGCACCUGAGCUUAUUUUUGGGGCUACUGAGUAUACCACUUCAAUCGAUAUCUGGUCAGCAGGCUGUGUCCUGGCUGAACUUCUUUUGGGUCAACCUUUGUUUCCUGGAGAAAAUGCUGUUGGUCAGCUUGUGGAAAUAAUCAAGGUUCUUGGAACUCCGACGCGGGAGGAAGUCCGUUGUAUGAAUCCAAACUAUAAUGACUUUAGGUUUCCACAAGUGAAGGCACACCCUUGGCACAAGGUUUUUCAAAAGCGUAUGCCCCCGGAAGCGAUAGAUCUCACCUCCAGGUUGCUGCAAUACUCUCCCAACCUCCGUUGCACGGCACUUGAGGCUUGUGCACAUCCUUUCUUUGAUGAACUCCGGGAGCCCAAUGCCCGUCUGCCUAAUGGCCGGCCAUUGCCACCUCUAUUCGACUUCAAACAAGAGUUAUCCGGUGCCUCGCCAGACCAUAUCAACAAGCUGAUACCAGACCAUGUGAAACGGCAAUUGGGACUGCAGUUUUUUGCAUCCUACGAGGGGAUGACGUGAAACACCUGCAACAAUGACUAGUUAAAGAAGAAGACAGGUUCGCUAAAUCUCCUCUUGAUGAGGGAGGGGUCACCGAAUGAAUUUAGUUGAUCAAAGAGCUAUUCGGACGGUUACAAAAGGUGCUGCUAUGGUUUGUUUCUGUAUACCGUGCUGUUGUGUAUUAUCAUCCCCUACCUUUUGCUCUUUAAGCUAAAGCAGCAUACGUAGCCAUGGAAAAGAUCCUCCUUUUGUUAUGUGUAUAUAUAUGAUGAUGUUUGUUUGGUUGUUUUUUAUUGACAAGAAAAGUGCGCAGCAGGUGAGUGAGUUAAAGA